AUGAGCGCAGGCGGCGGCGAGUCCGCCUCUCUCGUUAACAGGUCGGCCGGAAAGGACGUUUUGGACGCGGAGACGUGCGCUGCCUGGCUGAAGCCUCGGUUGCCGUUCUCAGCGUUUGACGCAGAAGAACACUGGUCACCGGCGUACAGCGAAUCGUUCCUGGCAUGGUGCCAAGGCGUGACGCAAAAGACACUUUUCGUGCAUUUUGACAAAGCUGAGCCAGCUGAUGGAGCACCUCAGCUUCUCUUCAGCCGUAACAGAAUCCCUCCUGACGUUCGGUCCGGACAAGUCAACGAGUUCGUCUUCUUCGCGAAGCGAACUUCCACCCCGCUUACCAAACUGAACUUGAACGAGCAGGUGUUUUUUUCCUGCAUCCGCGGGGACAUGCUAAAACAUUUGCUCACUCUCAUAAGCGGAGUCUAUGUUCCGUUCUCCAUGAAGGAGCACGGCUGGCCCGAAACCAUUCGCAAAGACUUCACGGGACAGCUGCAGCGGUUCCUGGCUACGGUAACCGAGACAGUCUACCAAGCCAAAGGCGCAACGUUGCUGUAUGUCCCGAUCGACGACUUGUCAGACUUGGAGGUAGCGCUGAAGGACAAGGAUCUCGUCCAGCGUUUGGAGGCAACCGUCAUCCACUGGACUCGCCAGAUCAAAGAAGUCAUGAUGGUUCAGUUCAAAAGUCCAGCUGUCCAGAGGAUCUUUGAGUUGCUGGAGCGCUCAAAAUCAACCUAUUUGAAACAAUUCAGAGUUGUCCAGGCGGACGUGCAGCAGGCGUCCUUGGAAGCCGAAGACAAUCUGAGAUUUCUUUCAGCUUUGGAAAGGCCGUCCGAGAAGCUGGCACAGGCGAAGCCCGAAGAAAUUCCCCCCAUUUUGCAACAGCUUCUGAACUUUGUCCGAAUGAUCUGGUCCACCUCUACAUACUACAAUACAUCCGACCGGAUAUCAGGGUUGUUGAGGAAGAUAUCCUCUGAAGUGAUCAAGCGGUGCCAGGCCGCGAUCGACCUCAGUUCGAUAUGGAGCGGCGUCGUCGACGAGGCCAUGAUGUCUCUGGAGCAGUCAAUAGAGUGCGGAAGAGCGUGGCAACGGCUCUACCAACCGAUGUGCAAACUCGUGAAGCGCCACAGUACUCAAGGUCGCCACUGGGACUUCCCUGAAGGCGCGGUUUUCGCAGAAAUCGACGCCUUUGUCCAGCGAUGCUGCGAUUUGCUGGAAGUCUGUGAGUGCCAGCAGCACUUCAACACACGCGCUCAGCAGAUCGUCCUGCCGAUGUUUGGCGGACUCCGUUUCAAAGAAGUGACGCGCAGCAUCUACGAAAUCGAGGACGCGUUCGCCAAGGCACUCCGCAAACUACGCGACCUGGACUAUUUUGUGCUCGACGUGAAAGCCGCACGGUGGCACGACGACUUCGCCGUUUUUAAAAACCAGGUGAAGGACCUCGAGUUCAUGUACAAGAAUGUCAUCACGUCAGCGUUAGAGGGCGUCCAGGCAGUCGACGCUGCCUGCCAGGUGUACGAUGCUUUCUACUUGCUGGCAAAGCGUACACGGAUCAAGAAAUUCCUGGAGAAGAAAAGUGCAGACGUGUGGAGUCUCUUCAUACAGGAGCUCGCUCUCGUCAAACGGCAGUUUGAGUGCAUUCGUAAAAACCAAACUCAGUCUCUUUCUAUCCCCUAUCAACAUCCGACACAUGCAGGACUCGGCCUCUGGACCCGCGGGCUGAUCAUGAAGAUUCAGAACCAGAUGGAUACCCUCGAUUCAAUGCACUACUUGCCUCCUUGUAGAGAGGCAGAAGUUGCACGGGAAAACUUCAGCGGCAUCCGCUCCAUGCUCGUUUCGUUCAUAGAGCAGUCUUUCGAGGAGUGGGCUGAAGGGCUGAACGCUCUUGAUGGCAACAAUGCGGCGCUGACCAAGAGCCUGGAACGCCCUUUGUUGAUCCGCGCUGACGCAAACAUUCUUGCACGUGGCAGGGGCGGUCAGUUGGAAAGUAACUUCGAUAAGAGUCUGCUCAAAAACCUCCAGGAGGCGUACUUUUGGCAGAAGAUGCAUAACCAAGGCAUUAAUCUGCCUUACGCAGCUCAUGAAAUGUUGCGGCAACGCGACAAAUUGAUGGCGCUUCGCGAGCAUGUUCUUCGCGUUGUCAGAGACUAUAAUCUGACCCUGGAGACCAUAGCGCCAGAUGAGCGUAGGCUCUUCCAGCACCACAUCAAGGCACUGGACAAGAAAAUUGCUCCGGGAAUUCAAAAGUUGACAUGGAACUCCAAAGGAAUCAAGGAGUUUUUCGUCCGAGACACGUGCCGAGAAUGUCAGGUUGUCUACGGCUUCGUCCGACGGUUUCAGACGAACCACCAAACGAUCUUGAGUCACUGCAAGAGCAUCUCCGAGUUGCAUUUUCUCUCCAUCGAUCGACGGAAAAUUUACGACGUCGAAGAGUUUCACCAGAAACAAGCUACCAAGAAAGUCGAGAUGGAAGCGUACUUAUCCGAAGCCCACGCAGCCAUCACUGCAGUUCUGCAAGACUCUCAGCGGCUGUUCGAAGACCAUCCUCCGGAGAUACAACGAGAGUGGAAACUGUAUGUGGAGAAGGUAGACAAAAGAGUCGGAGACGCUCUGAAGAAGGCAGUGCGUACAUCUCUACAGGAAUUGUCCAGGGUGCUGAACCCUGUCGACGGGAAAAACAGUACCGUCGACGUGGCGCCUCUCUUCAAAGUAAACGCCGUGCUCGACAGCCACAAUCGCAUGGAUUUCAAACCGACCAUGGCCGAUCUCAAAGAACUCCUCCAAGUUGUCUGCAAAGAUUUGUGUUUCACUUUGCACGUGGUCCCGCGUCUCUGGGAGUAUCUGCAGACGCUCAAGGAGAAAGACGAGACUGCCGAAGCCGAAAACCUCGAGGGAGACGAGCAGCAAGCUGAAGGCGAACCUAAAGCCGACGAAAAGAAACAGUUGUCGACUUUCUAUGGAAUGAUUUCCAAGGAUGACGACUGCGUCCGCAUUGUCGUUCAGAUUAUGAAGGGUAUGGCAAACUGCGCGUUGAAGCUCCAAGAGAGAAUGAAGUGGUGGUAUAACAACUACCAUCCGAUUGUUUCACAAGACAAAGAAGAAAUCAUCAGAAAGUACGCGAGAACGGAGCGGCCGCUUCCGGUAAUCUGUACAAGCAUUCAAAGGUACAAGGAGCUCCAGGCGGACAUCCAGCAAGAGGAAUUCAAGAUUACGAUAUGCUUCCUGGAGGCGGAUUUCACGCUUUUGAAACAAGCGCUGAUGAAGCACUGCCACCAGUGGCAAGCUCAGCUGAUUGCCUACUUGCAUAGGAAUGCAACUUUGGAAAUCGACAACCUUCUCGGGUAUUUCUCGACGAACACUGAGAGUUUGAGAAUGGCGCCAACGACGACGGAGGAGAUUCGAGAGAAACUGAAUCUGUGGCACAAAUGCAAAGUUGAUGUUCCGUAUCUCGAAGACCGCAUACGCCCUAUCGAGGAGCAAUUCGCAAAGCUUGCGGAGCUGGACGUCCAAAUUCCCGAGUUCGAAGACUCCAAACUGCAGUCGCUUCGCCCGAGAGCGCAGCAGUUCGAAGCGAUGCUGGAAGAGACGGAAAUCAUGCUCAACAAGACAAAGAAGGCCAUGGCAGGCGACAUCGAGGCACUGAUGCAGGCAAUCGGAAAACAAGCAGCUGAAUUGUCCAAGCAGUUCGCCGCAUCAGCUCCCUUCGAUGGCGCUGCCUUCAGCUACGACUCGCAAAUCGCCUUCAACACCAUUGCGCUGUACAGGGGAGAAGUCCAGAAACUCCGCGAAAACGAAGAGCAGCUGAAGCCGAAUCUCGAGUUUUUCGAAAUUGAAGGCAUGCAGUACAAGGAACUAACUAAGAUGGAAAGUGAUUUCCAAAUGCUUACUGAUAUUUGGACUUUGGCGGAACAAUGGGAGUCGGAGUGGAGCAGACUCAAGAUGCAGGCGCUGUAUGAGCUGAGCAUGCCUGAGCUGGAGCUGACAGCUGACGCCUUCCAGAGCAGAUUGGCGAAGAUGAAAGACAUUCGCGCUUGGCCCAUCUGGCGAAAAUACCAGCAAGAAGUCGACCAGUUUCGGAAAGGACUGCCUCUCAUCAGCAACCUGCGCAGCCCGGCACUGAGGGAGCGACACUGGACGCGGCUAAAGAAAGAGGUUGCAGAGCCCAUCAACCCUCAUUCCAAAGAGUUCACCCUGAACGCCGUGGUCCAACUUGAUUUGAUUCGGCGGUCCGAUCUCAUCGAUCGCUUGGCCGACGAGGCACGCAAAGAGUUCAAGAUUGAGACCGCGCUCCAGGAGAUCGCCUCGACGUGGCAGAACAUGCAGCUGGACAUUGGCGCGCACAAAGAGGCGUUGCUCAAACUGAAGAGCAACGAAGAUCUGUUCAACAUUCUCGAAGAGAACAUCCUGGCCUUGAGCGUGAUGAAGUCGAAUCAGUACCACCUGCCAUUCAAAGACGAAGUCGACUACUGGGAGAAGACGCUGGCGCACAUCUCCGAAGCGAUUGAGUUGCUCCUCCAAGUUCAGAAGCAAUGGAUUUACCUGGAAAAUGUCUUCAGAGGCUCCGAUGACAUCCGGUCCAUGUUGCCCGAGGAGGCGACAGUCUUUGACGGCGUGCACGUCGCGUUCGUCGGGCUUCUGUGUCGACUCCAGGCAGACACGAACGUCCUGCGGGCGUGCGCCAUCCCGGGGAUCCUCGCCGACUUGAACGAGAUGAACGAGAAGCUGGAGCGUCUACAGAAAUCUCUCGAUGACUACCUCGAGAAGAAGAGGCAGGAGUUCCCGAGAUUCUACUUUCUCUCCAAUAGCGACUUGCUGGAGAUUCUUGGCCACUCAAAAGAGCCGGACCAGAUUCAAAAACACAUCAAGAAGAUUUUCGAAGGAAUCAAACUUCUGGACCUCGUGCCUCCAGGAAAGCGACAAAACAGAGCCUGGGAUGCCGAGGCCAUGACUGCUCCAGAUGGGGAAAAGGUGAAAUUCCAACCCAAGAACAUUGUGCUAGAGGGCCCUGUUGAAGUGUGGCUGAACAAGGUGGAGAGAAGCAUGCGCGAAACGUUGAAGCGCCUGCUCGUAGCCACACACCAAGCGAAUCUGGCGAAGGGAACUAAGAAGGAACGAUGGGUCAGAGAGUGUUGCGGCCAACUGGUUAUCACGUCCUCCCAGAUUGCCUGGACAACAGACACUGAAAAUGCGUUGAGGAAGAUCGCGAAAGGGAACAAGAAUGCACUCAAGCAACUGAAGAAGCAACAGUGCCGAUAUCUGUCGAAGCUGAUUGACUUAGUGAGAAAGCCGCUGACUCCCGUCGAGCAAUCCAAGAUCGUGUCUCUCAUCACAAUCGAAGUGCAUGCAAGAGACGUCCAAGAAAAGCUGAUCCAAAUGCGGUGCGAACACGACAACUGCUUCGUGUGGAAGUCCCAACUUCGUUUUGAACUCCGAGACGACGUCAUGGAAGACAAACAAGGGGGCGCCGGCUCCUCUCCGGGUCUCGGCGUCAUGGCAUGUCGCGUCCGCCAAACCGAAACGUCGCUUCCCUACGGCUACGAGUACCAAGGCAACAACGGCCGCCUUGUCAUAACGCCUCUCACUGACAAGUGCUACAUGACGUUAACUAUGGCGCUACACUUGAAACUCGGAGGAUCGCCACAAGGCCCCGCUGGAACAGACUACAUUUCCCUCGGAAGAAUCUUCAGCGGCUUGGCCCAGUCUGGAACUUGGGGCUGUUUUGACGAAUUCAACCGCAUCGAAAUCGAGGUUUUAUCGGUCGUCGCGCAGCAGAUCUCCGUCAUUCAGCAUGCGCUGCGGGAAGUACCAAGUCACUGGGACAGUUCCCAAACGUUCAAGUUCCUCUUUGAAGGUCAACAAGUCCGCCUUGAUCCGUAUUGCGGGAUCUUCAUCACAAUGAAUCCUGGAUAUGCGGGGAGAACGGAACUUCCGGACAAUCUCACGAGCCUGUUCCGCCCCGUCGCCAUGAUGGUCCCCGACUUGGCCAUGAUUUGCGAAAUUACCCUCAUGGCUGAAGGCUUUGAGGAAGCUCGAGUGUUGUCGAAGAAGAUUAUCACUCUCUACCAACUUAUGACUCAACAGUUGAGCAAGCAGGACCACUACGACUUUGGGCUUCGUGCCGUUCGAGCCGUGCUGAGCCGAGCGGGGCAAGUCCGGCGGAGUGGCGGCGACCAGGCUGAACAGGAUGUGCUGAUUCGCGCAAUUUUGGACCUGAAUGCGUCCAAGACAGUGACGGAUGACACGUGCCUCUUCAACGCCUUGAUGUCUGAUCUCUUCCCAGAAACCGAUUUGUCUCAGUUCCCCAACGGCGCCCCGGUGCUGCGGACCGCCCUCGAGUGGGCCAUGCAGGACGACGGCCUGCAGAACGUCGAUCACAUCGCAGUGAAGGCCACGCAGCUCUUCCUCACGAUGCAGACUCGCCACGGAAACAUGCUUGUGGGGAAGAGUCUCACAGGGAAAACGACGACCUGGAGUGUUCUGCAAAAAGCUCUCUGCCAUCUGAGUUCGACAGGGGCCCCCGAGUUCGAAGCCGUGAAAACGUGGGUGAUCAACCCCAAAUCUGUCGACGUGAAUGAGCUGUACGGACGCUUCAACAUUCAAACCCUGGAGUGGACGGACGGCAUCCUGUCGGCGAUCGUACGUGAGGCUUGUCAAGACUCGCGCCCUACACACAAAUGGAUCGUCCUCGACGGACCCGUUGACCCUCUCUGGAUUGAAUCGAUGAACUCGCUUCUCGACGACAACAAGACCUUGACGCUCAUCAACGGAGACCGCAUCGCCAUGCCUCCUCAGGUGUCUCUCCUGUUUGAAGUCGAGAAUCUCGCAGCCGCAUCACCCGCCACUGUCAGCCGCGUGGGUAUGGUGUACAUGGACCCUGGGGAUCUAGACUGGAACCCUUACGUGCAAAGUUGGUUGGCGAGGCAGUUUCAGACUGAGGAAUUGCAAACGUUCGUGGCCCAGUUGUUUACCAAAUAUCUGGACCGAGUGUUGAAGGUCCGGCGUGAGUGCACCGAGUUGGUCCCCAUAACGGAUAUGAACGGUGUGAUCUCGCUCUGCAAGCUCUACGAGGUUUUCGCUCAGCGUCUGAGUUCAGAUUUGCAGGGAGAGAAGUUGUUGGCGAUGGUGGAGAAGACGUUUGCGUUCGCAGUGGUUUGGUCCCUUGGAGCCUCCGUCGAUGCGGAAAGCCGCCCCUUGGUGGAUCGUUGCAUUCGCCAGAUCGAGCCUUCUUUUCCGCCCGGGCACAUGGUCUACGAUUAUUUCCUCAACUACGAGAAGCAAGACUGGAAGCUGUGGGAGGAUCGCCUACCUAGUCAGUACAGGCCGCUCGAAGGGACGCCCUGUCACAAGAUCAUCGUCCCAACCGUCGACGUGUUGCGAAACAGCCACGUGCUGAGCGGCCUCAUUCUGCACCGAAAACACGCCCUCUGUGUGGGAAAGACAGGCGCGGGGAAAACGUCUUCGAUUCUGAACACUGUGAUGCACGAGCUCCCCGAAUGCACGCACGCGACUCUAGUCAUCAACUUCUCCGCCCAAACGUCGUCGAGAAAGACUCAAGAGAUCUUGGAGGGGAAACUCGAGAAGAGGGUGAAGGACAAGUACGGCCCGCCAGGGAACAAGAGACUCGCCUGCUUCGUAGACGACCUGAACAUGCCCCGGAAGGACACGUUUGGCUCACAGCCGCCUCUUGAGCUCCUUCGACAACUCAUUGACUAUGGCUGCUGGUAUGACCGGGGGAAGCAAACGGUGAAGUAUGUGCAGGACACGCACAUCUUGGCAGCCAUGGGUCCCCCGGGGGGAGGGCGCUCCGUCAUUCCUGCUCGACUGCAGUCGCGCUUCAAUUUGCUCAACUUCACAGAGCCUGACGAACAACAGGUCAAACGAAUCUUCAACACACUUGCCAUUCAUAAAUUCUCCGAUUUCCGAGAGGACAUUAAAGCAGCGGCGGAGAGUUUGGCGGCGGCGACGAUUUGCGUGUUCGGACACGUGCGCGAGCAGUUCCUCCCGAAACCUGACAAGCCCCAUUAUCUGUUCAACAUGAGGGACAUGUCGCGAGUCUUCCAGGGAAUCUAUCAGGCUGAACCCCAUGUGUACGAAGACCGAGACAGCGUUCUGAGGCUAUGGUUCCAUGAGUGCAUGCGCGUGUUUCAUGAUCGCCUGGCGUCCGAAGAAGACCGCGCGGAGCUUCUUCAGAUUCUGGAUGGCGUCUUGGACAAAACGGUCCAGCUGGGCGUUAAAGACAUCUGCAGAGGCGAGAGGGAUUUGAUUUUCGCGGCCUUGCCUUUCGACACCACGCCUGGAGCGGAUGCUCCCUACGACGAAGUGGUGGACAAGCAAAUGCUAAAAAAUUUCCUCACCGCGAAGUUGGAGGACUUCAACGAACGCAGCGUGAGAGGCCGCAUGCCUGUCGUGCUCUUCCGAGACGCGAUCGAGCACUGCUGUCGGAUUUUCCGCAUUCUCUGCCUGCCGAAGGGCCACGCGACGCUGGUGGGAGUUGGCGGCAGCGGUCGGCAUUCCCUCACGCUAUUUGCAUGCUUCCUGGCAGAUCAACAGUGCUUCCAAGUCGAGGUGAAUCGGAACUACGGACACGCCGAGUUCCAGGAAGACCUAAAGAAACUCUACAACGCAACAGGUGUGGACGGCAAGCGCACUACGUUCCUUCUCUCCGACGCAAAUAUCCUGAACGAGUCGUUUAUCGAAGACGUGCACAACAUGCUGAGUUCCGGAGAGGUUCCGAACCUCUUCAGCGCUGACGAGUUGUCGGCGAUUUCUUCCGAGCUCGAAAAAACCGCCAAGGCUGCAGGAAUUCAAACUUCGAACGCAGACGCAGUGCACGACUUUUUCUUGUCGCGCGUCCUGGAAAAUCUCCACAUCGUUUUUUGCGUCCGACCCAUAGGACACCAGCUUCGCGACUACUGCAGGAAUUAUCCGGGGCUCGUCAACAAUACAACAAUCGACUGGUUCUUCCCCUGGCCCGAAGACGCCCUAAUUGAAGUCGCGGCGACGUUCUUGGCCGACUCGACGGUUCAAGAAAAUCAUCGCUUAACCGUCGCUCAGGUCUUCUCCUCUGCGCACGGUGCGGUGAUCGCCGAAUCAGAGAGAAUGUUCGCGGAAAUGAAAAGACGCAACUACGUCACGCCAACGAAAUUCCUCGAACUGGUUCAGGGCUACAUCCGACUGUAUCGGGAGAAGACGGAAGAAGUGGAAGAACUCGUCCACAAACUCACUGUCGGUCUGCACAAACUCGUCGAGACGCGCGCGCAGGUCGAAGUCAUGGGGACAGAGUUGGAGACGAAGAAGGAAAUUGUCGCCAGGAAGCAAACGGAGUGCCAGGAUCUCCUGGUUGUGAUUGUCGAGAAACGAAGCGUCGCAGAUGAACAGAAGAAACAGGUCGAAGCUGACAGCGAGAGAAUAAGCAAAGAAGAAGUCGAGACAAAAAUCCUCUCCGAAGACGCACGACGCGACCUAGCGAAGGCCAUGCCUGCGCUGGAAGCAGCCAUUGACGCUCUCGAAAAACUCGACAAAAAAUCCGUGGCGGAGGUAAAGGCCUACACAAAACCUCCAGAUCUCGUUGUGAAGACCAUGGCGGCAGUGAUGACCGUGAUGGAGAAAACACCUUCGUGGGCGCAAGCUAAGGUGGAGCUCAAUGACCCGAGCUUCCUAACGAAAGUUAAGAACUUUGACAAAGACUCGAUCUCGAACAACACUCUGAAGAAAAUCGAGAGGUUCACGAAAGACCCGACGUUUGCGCCCAACAACGUGCUAAAGGUGUCCAGAGCCGCUGGCGCUCUGUGCAUGUGGGUGCAUGCCAUGCAAAUGUAUGCGGAAGUUUAUCGCGAGGUUGAACCCAAACGCCUCAGGCUUCGACUGGCUGAAGAGCAACUGGAGAAGAAACAAAUGGAUCUCUUGGCGUCGACUCAGAGGCUGCAGGAUAUUCAGCAGCGUCUUGAGGAGCUGAAGGAGCAGUACAAUGACUCGAUUCGGACGAAAGACGAGUUGAACGCUUCCGCCGAGGAGCUGAAACUCAAGAUGGAACGGGCGGAAAGUCUGAUUGCAGGCUUGGCUGGGGAGCGAGACAGAUGGGAAGUCUCGCUGGCGCAGAGCACGGAGAAGUUGAAGGCGCUGCCUGGAGACUGCUUGGUCGCAGCGGCGUUCAUGGCGUACGCGGGGCCGUUCAACACCGACUACCGGAAUCGGCUUGUCGGGCAAAGUUGGGUUCCGUUGGUGAACACCUUCAACAUUCCCCACAACCCGAACUUCGACUUCGCCGACUUUCUGGCCCGGCCCAUCGAUGUGCGGCAGUGGAAUCUCCAAGGCCUUCCCUCGGACCGUUUCUCGACGGAGAACGGCGUCUUGGUGACAAAAUCGCGGCGCUGGCCGUUGAUGAUUGACCCGCAGAACCAGGCGACAAAGUGGAUUCGCCGCCUCGAGGCGACAAACGACCUCAAGCUCGUCGAUCCAGAGACGCGAGACUACAUGAAGGUCAUUACCAUGGCGGUGAAAAGUGGGAAGCCGCUCCUCAUGGAGAGGGUCCAGAACGGGAUUGACCCGUCUCUUGAGUCGCUUCUCGCGCAGCGAACCAUCGAUGUCGGCGGUUCUCCCUCCAUCCGAAUAGGAGACAUUGUCGUUCGGUACAAUACGAACUUCAGAUUCUACCUUACAACCAAAAUAUCGAAUCCCCAUUUCAUGCCCGAAGUCGCCUCGAGCGUCAACCUCGUUAACUUCAUUGUCAAGGAAGAUGGUCUAACUGCUCAACUUCUGGCCAUCGUGGUGAUGAAGGAAGAGCCGCGUUUAGAGGAGCAGAAAAACGAACUCGUGGUGAAACUUGCCGAUGGCCGGCGCCGGCUGCAAGAGUUGGAGGACGAAAUCCUCCGACUCCUCACCAACUCGCAAGGGUCAUUGCUCGAUGAUGUGGAGCUCAUUACGGCGCUACAGGAAUCAAAGUCCAUUGCAGGCGAAGUCGCUCGCCAAAUUGAAGUUUCGGAACAGACCAUGCAGAAAAUCGACCAGGCGCGAGAUGCCUACAAGCCUUGCGGCGUCCGCGCGUCGGUGUUGUUCUUCGUACUACAUGACUUGAUUGUUGCAGAUCCGAUGUACCAGUUUUCACUCGAUUCGUACGUCGAACUGUUUGUUUCGAGCAUCGAAAAGGCCAAGGAAGACAACGCCAUGACAGCCUCCGUGGAAGAGCACGUGCAAGUGCUCAACAACUACCAUACCCUCGCAGUGUACAGGAACGCCUGUCUAGGUUUAUUCGAGAAACACAAACUGCUGCUGAGCCUGCACUUGACAACAAGCAUUCUUCAAUCGCGAGGUCAGCUAAACAGAGAAGAAUAUCAGUUUCUUCUAACGGGUGCGAGCGUCGCCGACCGAAAGAACCAACCGCAAAACCCCGACCCCGACUGGAUCAGCGAGAGCGUUUGGGACAACAUUUGCGAGUUGGGAAAACUGCAAAACUUCCAAGGCUUCCAGGCGUCCUACGAGCAAACGCUCAGAGAUUGGCGCAAGUGGUAUGCGACAGUUGAGCCGGAGAGAGAGUCGCUCCCUGGAGAGUGGCAGAGUCGCCUGGACUCUCUCCAGAGAGUUUUGAUCAUUCGCUCGCUGAGACCAGAUCGGUUUCUUCCGGCGGCAACGCGUUUCAUUGCCGAGACCAUGGAUGCGCGUUUCGUCGAUUCGCCUCCUCUGAAUCUCGAAGCUGUUUUCAACGCCUCAAAGAACACCAUUCCCCUCAUUUUUGUUCUCUCCAAGGUGGAUCCCACGGGCCAACUCAUGGCUCUUGCCUCGGCAAAAAAUGUUCAAGCGAUUGCCGUCGCCCUGGGGCAAGGUCAGUCGGCACGAGCUGAGAAGUUGAUUCGGGAAGGCGCGCGGCACGGCUUUUGGGUCUUCCUUGCGAAUUGCCAUCUCGCUCUCUCCUGGCUGCCGACUAUGGAGAAGUUGAUCGAAGAAGUCACAGAGUCCGAGCCUCACGAAUCUUUCCGUCUCUGGCUCUCCUCCGAACCUCACCCUGAUUUCCCCAUUGCGCUGCUCCAGCGGUCGACGAAGAUCACGACAGAGCCUCCAAAAGGGCUAAAAUCGAAUCUCCAGCGACUCUUGCUUCAGCACACAGACGAGGAUUUGAACAGAGUGAAGGCCGGUGACGAUCGCUAUCGCCGUCUGUUUUUCUCGCUCUGCUGGCUUCAUGCCGUCCUCCUCGAACGGCGCAAAUUCAAAAGCGUCGGGUGGAAUGUACCCUACGACUUCAACGACUCGGAUUUCCUAGUCAGCGACAACAUUCUCUCCAUUUAUGUCGAACAGUACAGCAACGACAUGCCGUGGGAAGCGCUCCGAUACAUGAUUGCCGACGCCUGCUACGGCGGCCGAGUCACAGACGACAAGGAUCUUCGCUUACUUCGCGUCUACUGCGCCGAUUUCUUCUGCCCUCAAGCUCUUCAGCCCGACUUCAGCUUCUCUAGCUCAGGAACGUACUACAUCCCUGAAGAUACAAGUCUGUCAGGACUGAAGAAUUACGUCCGCGACCUGGCUGUCAUAGAUCCGCCGGAAGCCUUCAGUCAACAUGUCAACGCAGAAAUUUCUUCUCAGAUCGCAGAUGCAGAGAGUCUCCUGUCAACCCUAUUACUUCUUCAGCCUUCCGGCGCGGUUGUCCCGUCAGCAGGGGGAACCGGCAAGCCUGAAGACCAGGUCUACAGAAUCUGCGGAACCGUCGAGCAUGAAUGGCCAGCAGACAUCGACUACCCUCUAAUUGUUGCUCGCGGGGACGGUGAUCUGUCUCCGCUACGGGUUGUUCUCCUUCAGGAGGUCCAGCGUCUUAACACGUUGCUUCGGUUCGUGCGUGAAUCUCUCGGAGCCUUGAAGAAAGGCUUGAUGGGCCUUGCCGUGAUGUCUGAUGAAGUGGAACUGGUGAUGCAGGCUCUCGAGAAGGGAAAAGUUCCCGAGGCGUGGAAGUUUGCCUACCCCUCUGUCAAAUCUCUACCAAACUGGGUUGUCGAUCUGAAAGAACGCGUCGACUUCAUGAGUAAAUGGGGGUUGGAGAGGCCGCCGAAGGUUUUCUGGUUGGGCGGCUUCACCUACCCAACUGGUUUCUUAACUGCACUGCUCCAGCAAUACGCGCGGCGGAAUGCUCUCUCCAUCGACACGCUCAACUUUGACUUUCUCGUGCAGACGACUGGAGAUGAAAAUCAAAUUGCUCAGCCUCCUAAAGAAGGGGCUUAUAUCAAGAAAAUGUACCUCGAAGGCGCAGCGUGGAACGUGGAGAACCACUGCCUACGAGACUCCGACCCGAUGAAAUUACUCACAGAUAUGCCUAUUGUCCACUUCAAGCCUAUGUUACUGGCGAUUAGCAUCAAAAGCGUGCAUUGA